AUGAAAGCUCUUCGACGGAUUCAAACGAGGUCUUCGUUUACAAAUCCGUCUUCGCCAUUGUUCUCUUCUCCGUCGUCCUCUCCUUGGACUCACUUGCGCUCUGCUCUCGUCCUUGUCACUUCUUCAUCUCCAGCUUCUUGUUCUUCUUCCGAUCCGUACGAUUUCAAUAGUUCCAAAGAGGAGAGAGGUGCUACAAGAAGUCGGAGAAGAAAAGCGUACGAGAGACUGCGCAGGCAAUGCAAAAGGCUUCAGAGACGAAACAGUGGGGAUUUUAAGUUAAACAAGAUCAAUAAAGCUACACGAGAUGCGCAUAAUAGUUGGUCUCUUGCGCAAGACACUGACAGUUCGUGUUCUGAUGAUGCUAUCAGCACUCACGAGUCUCUCUCCAGCGACAGAGAAAACACAGAAGGUAUUGAGCAAAUGAGUGCCGUAUCGUGUACGCUUGACAGAGACUACACUGGUUCAAGACGCCUGAACUCUGAUUCCUCAGACUCAGAUUCUUCAGAUGAGAAUGAGUCUGUUCAGCUCUUUCCUUCUUCUCAAGGGAGGGAUGAAAACAGUACCUCUCCAUCGACCUUGUAUAUCUCCCGUACCAAAGAGGAUUUCGUGACAUGGCAACGUAUCAUCCGUCUAGACGCUGUCCGUGCAGAUACAGAGUGGACCCCAUAUUCCCCAUCCCAAGCUAUGGUAUCAGAGGACAGGGCACGUCGUGCCGCUGAAGCAGUUCUUCUAAAGGAUUACGGUCAUUUGGAGCCUCCGAAGAUCUUUCACGCUGCACGGCUUGUCGCUGUUCUUGAAGCCUAUGCCUUACACGACCCUGAGAUUGGUUAUUGCCAAGGGAUGAGCGAUCUUCUCUCCCCUAUACUCUCAGUCAUACGCGAUGACUACGUGGCCUUCUGGUGUUUCGUUGGGUUCAUGAAGAAGGCUCGUCAGAAUUUCAGGCUCGAUGAGGUUGGGAUCACGAGGCAGCUGAACGUGGUCUCGAAGAUUAUCAAAGCCAAAGACUCGCAGCUCUACAAGCAUCUUGAGAAAGUCAAGGCUGAAGACUGUUUCUUUGUUUACAGAAUGGUUCUUGUGAUGUUUAGAAGGGAGCUGACGCUGGAGCAGACGCUGUAUCUCUGGGAAGUGAUUUGGGCAGACCAAGCUGCGAUAAGAGCUGGUGUUGGGGUAUCUUCUUGGAGCCGCCGGAUAAAGCAGCGAGCACCUCCCACAGACGAUUUGUUGCUGUAUGCCAUUGCGGCUUCAGUGUUGCAGAGGAGGAAACUCAUAAUAGCGAAGUAUAAUAGCAUGGAGGAGAUCUUGGGGGAAUGUCACAGCAUGGUAGGGAAACUAGACGUGUGGAAGCUCUUAGACGAUGCACACGACCUUAUUGUUACCCUCCACAACAAGGUUGAACAUAUGAUCCCAUAA